GCGCCGAGCUCCGCGACAGCAAGAUGGCGGCGCGGCUGGAGGAGUGUGAGGGUGGUGCGCAGCUGGCGGGACCCGCGGCGGAGGCCGACCCGCUGGGCCGCUUCACGUGUCCCGUGUGCUUGGAGGUGUACGAGAAGCCGGUGCAGGUGCCCUGCGGACACGUCUUUUGCUCUGCAUGCCUGCAGGAAUGUCUGAAGCCGAAGAAACCUGUCUGUGGGGUGUGUCGCAGCCCUCUGGCACCUGGCAUCCCAGCCGUGGAGCUCGAGCUGCAGAUUGAGAGCACAGAGACUUCUUGCCAUGGCUGCCAUAAAAAUUUCUUCCUGUCCAAGAUCCGGGCCCACGUGGCUACUUGUUCAAAGUACCAGAAUUACAUCAUGGAAGGUGUGAAGGCCACCACCAAGGAUGCAUCCCUUCAGCCAAGGAGUGUCCCAAACCGUUACACCUUUCCUUGCCCUUACUGUCCUGAGAAGAACUUUGAUCAAGAAGGACUUGUGGAACACUGCAAGUUAUCCCAUAGCACGGACACCAAAUCUGUGGUUUGUCCCAUAUGUGCCUCGAUGCCCUGGGGAGACCCCAACUACCGCAGCGCCAACUUCUUAGAGCACAUCCAGCGCCGGCACCAGUUUUCUUACGACACUUUUGUGGAUUACGAUGUCGAUGAAGAGGACGUGAUGAAUCAGGUGUUGCAGCGCUCCAUCAUCGACCAGUGACCAGUCUCUGCUGUCCGUCUCAUGUUCCAGAGCUUCCAUUACAUGUUAAGCGGGAGACGUGUGACUCAUACACCUUAAUGUACAACAGACCUGGAAGUGAGCCGUGGUGUUAGGACAGUGCCACUUCCCACAGGGAAACAGGUCCCCAGCCAGAACCCUGCUUUCCUUUGGGCUCUUCCCCUACUGUUAACCCUGUUUGUCUUAUGUCUGGUCUUUAUUG